AGUGUGGAACCAAGCGAGCAAAAUGGUUUCUCAGGGGAUUCAGAUGAUUGGUAUAUCGUUGGCUGUGAUUGGCUGGGUCUUGGUCAUCGUGGUGUGUACCUUGCCCAUGUGGAAGGUCACCGCUUUCAUCGGGGCAAACAUCAUCACGGCUCAGACCAUCUGGCAGGGCAUGUGGAUGAACUGUGUGGUGCAGAGUACAGGCCAGAUGCAGUGUAAGGUGUACGACUCGAUGCUGGCUCUGCCCCAAGACCUGCAGGCUGCUCGGGCCAUGAUCAUCAUCUCCAUCCUGGCUGGAAUCUUUGGAGUGAUCUUAGCAAUCGCUGGCGGGAAAUGCACCAACUGCAUCGAGGAGGAGCAAGCCAAGUCAAAGGCUUGCAUCAUGGCUGGAGUUUUGUUCAUUAUCUCUGGGUUGCUCUGUCUCAUUCCAGUCUCCUGGUCUGCCAACACCAUUGUCAGCGACUUCUACAACCCGCUGAUAAUCGAAGCCCAGAGGUAUGAGUUAGGAGCGUCGCUGUACAUCGGCUGGGCGGCUGCUGCACUGCUACUGUUGGGCGGGGGGCUACUGUGUUGGAACUGCCCUCCCACGAAUGAACACCCCCACUACGCACCCAAAUUCAUACAUGUGAAGCCAGCCUCUACAUCAAAAGAAUACGUAUAGGAUGGUUGGCACUUCUUAAAUGAACGAUUGAGGUCACAGGAAUUUAGAAGACUUGGGAGAAGAUGAAAAAAAUCUUUUUUAUUCUCUGGCAAUGUAAAUACUGCAGGAAAUAAUAGCUUGCCACAAGCAGAAUGCUUUGAUUGCUGUUAGUGUAUGUGUCUUUGACCUUUCUUACAACGAACAUUUUGUCUUGUCAAGCAAAUGUAACUAACAGCAUAAACAAUGACUGGAUCCCAUUUAGUUGUGCCAGCGGGGCCCUGGGAUUGUGCAUGCUCGCUCACUGUCACACAUUGAUGGAACAAAUUCACCAUCAAUGUUACCAUUGUGCCCCUUCCUGCUAUGAUAAGUCAAAAGUUAAACUUAACUAACUUAAACACCAAAACAGGAACUUGGCAUAUGUUUAUGACUCAGUCUAAAAUUUCAAAAUGGAAGAUCCUUUUUAAAAAUUUGAAUUCAUGUUGUACUCUGUCUGGAUGAUGAGUAACUAGAAUGUAAAUCCUAUCAUUAUUAUCAUUAUUAAUCUGUGUAAAUAUUUAGUCAGAUUGUUGUAAGGGAUUCAUGGUGUAACUUUUCUUUAAUGUCAUUCAAAUAGUAACAUCUCAACAAAUAAAGACAACAAAUAAUUUCUUUAAUUAUAACUUUUUAGUCAUAUACGUUUUACAUUGAUUGGAUCUGUCUUGGAAAAAAAUAAGCAAAUACUGUUGGUGAAGGAAAAUCUAUGCAUUUUUAUCUGUUUUUUUUAUUUUCACAGUCUGCAAAUUCCACUUUUAUAUUUCUUUCUCAAUCUUGUAAUGUUCUGUUAUCGUAAAUAAAUUUUAUUAUCAC